AUAUAUUAUCUAAGGAAGAUUCAGAAAUGUCUUAUGAAUAAUAAUCAGGAGUGACUCCAUGAAGCACAUCAGGUGUAAGACCCCCCCCUCCAACGAUCGGCUGUGGUUUUUGUGAACCUUAUUUUAAUAAUCCCAUUGGAGGGCCUACCAGUGUUGCUAGGAGACGAGAGGCUUGCAUCAGCAUUGCUGCUCAUUUUUACCUCCCCCCCAGCCUCCACCUCAUCACUUCCAUUCACGGCGCCGCCCUCCUCUGUCUCCCAGCCUCUGUCUGUCCCCAGUUGCUGCCUCACCCAUCCCUCCCUCCCUGUCUGUCUGUCUCUGGUCGGGGUGGUGAUGAGUGGGUGAGCAGCGAGGAGGCAGGGAGGGCACACAGUGAUGUAAUGCAGGCGCGCGGCAUCGGUCCGGGCUGACAAAUCACAGUCCGGGGGGGGAGAGGGGAGCGGUAGGUUAAGGGAGGCAGAAGCAUCUCUUGUGUAGCCGGGGCGACAGCGGCGGUGAGAGCACAGAGGAGGCAUCAACCGACGGCUCCGGCUAACGGAUUAUGAGAGAAACCGAGAAAGAGGACAUAAAGGAGGACGACAGUGGGGAGGAAGGGAUGGACCGAGGCAGGGAGGGGGGGAGCCUGGGAAUAAAAUCGUCACGGCCGUUUGCUCCACUGCAGCUUCCCAGCCUGAGCCGCUGCCUGUCCUGAUUGUUCGGCUUCCAGCCUGUCUGUCCUGAACUCUUUUUCUCCGUAGAUAUUUACCUGUUUUAUCUCCUUCCUCUGUGUGUGUUUCUUGGUGACUGUCUCUCGUGUGUGUGUGUGUGUUUUCUCCUCCUACAAAUAUGAUGAGACAGACUCCUACAACUCGGAAGACCACGGCCAGAAGGCCCAAGCAACCCAGCCGACCUGCCGGCGGCGGAGGGAAGGGGGCCGCGUCCGGCUCGGCGUCGGCGUCGGCCGGCGAGAUGAGCAGCAGCGAGCCCAGCACGCCGGCGCAGACCCCGCUGGCUGCACCGGUCAUCCCGACCCUCCACUCUCCUGGAAACCCGCCGGCCCCCGGCCCCAGCAAGGAGGAGGAGGCCCUGCGCUCUCAGGUGAAGGACCUGGACGAGAAGCUGGAGACGCUGAAGAUGAAGCGAACGGAGGACAAAGCCAAGCUGAAGGAGCUGGAGAAGCACAAGAUCCAGCUGGAGCAGCUGCAGGAGUGGAAGACCAAGAUGCAGGAGCAGCAGGCGGAGCUGCAGAAACAACUCAAAGAGGCAAAAAGGGAGGCUAAGGAAGCCAUGGAGGCCAAGGAGCGGUACAUGGAGGAGAUGUCGGACACGGCCGACGCCAUCGAGAUGGCGACUCUGGAUAAGGAGAUGGCUGAGGAGCGAGCAGAGUCCUUACAGCUGGAGGUCGACUCCCUGAAGGAGAGAGUGGAGGAGCUCACCAUGGACCUGGAGAUCCUAAAGCACGAGAUUGAGGAAAAAGGUUCGGACGGCGCCGCCUCCAGUUAUCACGUGAAGCAGCUGGAAGAGCAGAACAGCAGGUUAAAGGAAGCUUUGGUCAGGAUGCGCGACCUCUCUGCGUCGGAGAAGCAAGAACACGUGAAGCUGCAGAAGCAGAUGGAGAAGAAAAACACGGAGCUCGAUUCUCAGAGAGGCCAGAAGGAAAAGCUUCAAGAGGAGAUGACGGCAGCGGAAAAGACGAUAGACGAGCUGAAAGAACAGGUGGAUGCAGCUUUGGGGGCGGAGGAGAUGGUGGAGAUGCUGACGGAGAGAAACCUGGAUCUGGAGGAGAAAGUCCGGGAGCUGAGAGAGACGGUCACAGACCUGGAAGCUAUAAAUGAGAUGAAUGAUGAGCUGCAGGAGAACGCCAGAGAAACGGAGCUGGAGCUCAGGGAGAUGUUGGACCUGGGAGCAGCCAGAGUCCGUGAGGCUGAGAAACGAGUUGAGGCGGCACAGGAGACCGUGGCGGAUUACCAGCAGACCAUCAAGAAGUACAGAGAGCUGACCGCUCACCUGCAGGAGGUGAACAGAGAGCUGACCAGCCAGCAGGAGGCCUCAGCGGAGCUGCAGCAGCAGCCGCCAGCAGAGAUGUUUGACUUCAAGAUUAAGUUUGCGGAGACAAAGGCUUAUGCCAAGGCCAUCGAGAUGGAGCUGAGGAAGAUGGAGGUGGCUCAGGCCAACAGACACGUGUCUCUUCUGACCUCCUUUAUGCCUGAAUCCUUCCUUCGUCAUGGAGGAGACCAUGACUGCAUCCUGGUCCUGUUGCUCAUCCCCAGACUCAUUCAAAAGGCUGAGCUGAUCGGCAAACAAGCGCAGGAGAAGUUUGACCUGAAUGAAAACUGUGUGGAGCGAGUCGGCCUGAAGGGCGGCGUCGGUGAGCAGCUGAGCUUCGCAGGCGGCCUCGUCUACUCUCUCAGUCUGCUUCAAGCUACUCUCCACAAAUACGAGCAAGCUUUGUCUCAGUGCAGCGUAGAGAUCUACAAGAAGGUGGGCUUUUUGUACCCAGAGAUGAGUGUACAUGAGCGCUCUCUGGAUUUCCUCAUUGACCUGCUGCACAAAGACCAGCUGGACGAGACGGUCAACGUGGAGCCGCUCACCAAGGCCAUAAAAUACUAUCAGCACUUGUACAGCAUCCAUCUGGCAGAUCAGAGUGAGGACUGCACUAUCCAGCUGGCUGAUCACAUCAGAUUCACCCAGAGUGCCUUGGACUGCAUGGCAGUGGAGGUGGGCCGCCUGCGGGCGUUCCUGUACACGGGUCAGGAGAAGGCUGACCUGGCGGUGCUGCUGAAGGAUUUGGAGACUUCCUGUAGUGACAUCAGGCAGUUCUGUAAGAAGAUUCGCCGCAGAAUGCCAGGAACAGAUGCACCCGGCAUCCCUGCUGCACUUAACUUCGGACAACAGGUGUCCGACACACUCUCCGACUGCAGAAAACACCUGACCUGGGUGGUGGCAGUGCUGCAGGAAGUGGCUGCUGCCGGAGCUCAGAUGAUGUCUCCUCUCGGCGAACAGGAUGGGCUCGCGGCAGUCAAACUGGAGGAUGUGGCAUUCAAGGCUGCAGAACAGAUCUAUGGAUCUCAGGGCGCCAACCCCUUUGAGUGUCUGCGACAAUCCUGUAGCAUUGUCAUAGCAACCAUGAAUAAAAUGGCUACUGCCAUGCAGGAGGGAGAGUAUGACUCAGACAAGCCGCAAAGCAAGAACCCUCCACCAGUGGAUCUGCGGGCUGGAGCUCUUCGAGCCGAAAUCACAGACGCCGAAGGUCUGGGCCUGAAGCUGGAGGACCGAGAAACGGUCAUCAAAGAGCUGAAGAAGUCUCUAAAGAUCAAGGGAGAAGAGCUGAGCGAGGCGAACAUCCGACUCAGUCUGCUGGAAAAGAAGCUGGACAGCUCGUCCAAAGAUGCCGACGAACGUGUCGAGAAGAUCCAGACCCGUCUGGAUGAGGCCCAGACCCUGCUGAAGAAGAAGGAGAAGGAGUUCGAGGAGACCAUGGACGCCCUGCAGGCGGACAUCGACCAGCUGGAGUCCGAGAAGACGGAGCUGAAGCAGCGAAUCAACAACCAGUCGAAGAUGACCGCGGACGGACUGAGAGGCAGCAGCCCGUCAGGAAUCGCUUCCAUGGUUUCAGGAAUAGCUGGAGGCAACAUGUUGGCCGGAGUCGGCCCGGGCUCCGGCGUCCAGGUCAUCGACUCUCCCCUGCUGAGUCAGCAGAUCGAAGCCCAGCGGCUUUGCAUCAAACACCUGAAGAACGAGAACAACCGGCUGAAGGCGGAGAAGAUGCGCACCCAGCUCGCCUCCCUGCCGCCGCUCAACGUGACCAAGCUUCCCUCCAAGGAAGGACGACCCGAAGUGCUCUCCAGCGCCCUCUACCGCAAAACCGACCAGCUCCUCGAGACUCUGCUGCAGAUGAGCGCCAACGUCAAGGUGGUGGACGUCACUGGAAAAUCCCCGGUGACACCUAGUGCUCAGCUCCUGGAACAGACGGCACGUCUUCAGUCCCUGAGAGAGACUCUGGACAAACUGAAGGGUGAGGUAGCAGAGCAUGUCGUCAACCUGCAGCCCGGAGCUCGAGUCUCGUCAGACUUUGCAACGUUCCCCUCAACCUCUUUUGUUAAGGCGACCGAAGAGAAGAACUCCGACACGAUGCUGGUGGGUCGAGUCCUGGUGCCGUGUCCCCGCGGUCAGGAGCAGGUCCACCGCCUCGUUCUGUCCCAGUCCCAGCUGCAGAGAGUCCACGGUCUCCUGCAGACCUAAAUGUUGCUUGACCCCUGUGACCCCACCCUCCACCACAAACACGCCACCAUCAGUUUCUGCUGCCCCCUCCACUUCCAGAGGCCAAACAAGUCAAACCAAGAGGAAUCUACAGCCUUAAGUGGAAGGUUGAACGCUAAAAACGGGGAGGUACCUUCAGGUUUGAGAUGUUAGCAGCUCUGUUGUUACAAGUGACACUUUUAAUCUCAGUUUACUUGGAUUUUAUUUAUGUAACACCAGGCUUGGUUCUGAUGCCGCCCCGUUUUGGUCACGGCUGUUUAAAACGAGGAUGACAGAAAUAGAAAUCGUACAAUUUGACAACUGAAACAAUUUCAGGCAAUUAGUUUUUUGUUUUUCUUUGAAGAUAUCUUCAGCUUAUUCAGUGACAUCCAGGUCAGAAAAUGAAAAAUCCAAGCCUCUUCUGAUCCAUCAUUGCACCAUUUCUAAGCGCUAUAUUAUGUUGCAGACAACAAUCUUCAGUGUGGAGGUUUCUCCUGAAUGAAGAGUAAAGGUUUGUGUUUUUCAGUAUCAGCACAAGGUGAGUGACAAUUAAUUUGAAUCAUGGACAUACAGUUGUGUUCGAAAUAAUAGCAGUGCCUUUAGAAAAAUGAGUAAAUGUCAAAAUUCUUCAAAGAAAUUGUACUUUAAUGAACACAGAUACAUUGGGGACACAGUACAUUCUAUUCCAAAGCAAAACAAUUGCGCAAAGUCAUCAAAACUUAAAUAAUAAUAAUAAUAUUUCAAAUAAAGUAAGAAAUGGCAUGUUCAAAAGAAUAGCAGUGUUGCCAUCUUUCCUUGGAAACUCAAAAAUGUACUGUACAAACAAAGAAAUUCUUGAUAAGUGAACCUAGCUGAGUAUCCUAAACUAAUAUUUUGUUGCAAAACCACGGUUUCCGAUGACUGCUUCACAUCUGUGGUGCAUGGAGUCAACCAACUUCUGGCAUCAUUCCACAGGUAUUGCAGCCCAGGAUAAUUGCACUGUAUU